AUGGAACAUGGAUAUGAGAAGCGAUUACUCGGGUCGCCAUAUAAAUCGCCUUCAAAAACUAAUAGUCCUAUGAAAACUCCGACGAAGGAAAAUUACAUGGAUCGUUACUUGCCUAGCCGUUCCAAUUCGAAAUUCAAAGACCCGACAAUUUCUGUUUCAAAGGCUCUUUUUAAAUCUCCACAACCACCAAGUGGGCCAUCUACAUCUAAUACAACUACUGUAACUUCUCGAACAUCAAGUACUAAUCCACUCAGUCAACGAAGCAAUCAGUCGCUUCUUAAUCGCAACAUUUUCGAUUCAAACAUUAAUGAAAACAAACCCUCCCAAGGAGCCAUAUUAUCCACCCUUGUUCACAAUGAGCUUACUGAAAAUAUUGAUUCUUCAAUUACUCCAAAUGCGCCAGGACCGUUUCCGAAUGAACUCCCAGUUUUCGCUCCAAGAGAAAAUAGCAAUCUUUUUUCAUACAAAUAUCGAAAGGAAAGUCCUUCUAAAUUGAAAUCUUCUCCAUAUUCCCUAUCUCCUGUAUCAGAAAAAAGUCAAAGAUUACUACAAUCUCCUCAGAAGUUCUCUCGAUAUAUCUCGCGGAUGCCUUAUAAGGUGCUCGAUGCUCCUGACUUACAAGAUGAUUUUUAUCUCAACUUGGUCGAUUGGUCUUCUCAAAAUAUUCUUGCCGUAGGUUUGGGUGCUAGUGUUUAUCUGUGGAAUGCCUACACAAGUCAAGUUACACGACUUUGUGACUUCUCGGAUGAAACGGAUGCCAUCUCUUCUGUAUCUUGGACCAAAAAGGGCACAAACCUGGCAGUGGCGACAUACCGUGGUCGAGUGCUAAUCUGGGACGUAGAAACCACCCAGUGUAUUCGUCGCUUAGACGGUCAUGUGGCACGAGUAGGAGCCCUAGCUUGGAAUGGCGAUCUCCUUGCUUCAGGUUCUCGAGAUCGUCAGAUUCUCCUACGUGAUGUGCGUGCUGAUUCAGUGUCUGGAGGAGGCACUUCAGCACCCAGCAAUCAGACUUCCUUAACAGCUACUAGUUCCAGUACUGCAAGCAAUCACCUCAAAACCGGUGGCCCCUAUUCCCUCUUCAGCAUUGAUCGGGAGUUGUUAUCGAACUCUGCCCGUGGGUCAUUUGGAGGAUCUGUAGGGUCCACUUUUGCUCCACUUGCUGUGGCUCCUUCCACAGAUCUUGCCUUUGCGGACCCGGGAUUCACUUGUCCCGGAGCCGUACGCGUUCUCAAAGAUCACAAACAGGAGGUUUGUGGUCUAAAGUGGUCACCAGACAAUCAAUACUUGGCAUCAGGUGGCAAUGACAAUCGUCUCUUAGUGUGGAGUCAUCAUAUGGCGCACGAUGCAAGACCCUUAUUGGCCUACGAGGAGCACGUGGCAGCGGUGAAGGCCAUCGCUUGGUCGCCGCAUCAUCACGGCCUUUUGGCAAGUGGAGGUGGCACCGCCGAUCGAUGCAUCAAGUUCUGGAACACCCUCUCGGGACAACCUCUACGCUCAAUCGAAACUGAGAGCCAGGUAUGCAAUCUUGCCUGGUCGGAGCAUACCAAUGAAUUGGUAAGUACACACGGCUACUCACAGAAUCAAAUUCUGGUUUGGCAGUAUCCCAAUCUGCGUCAAUUGGCCAAACUCACCGGUCACACCUCGCGUGUCCUUUAUCUUGCUGUCUCACCCGAUGGGGAAAAUAUUGUGACUGGAGCUGGGGAUGAGACUCUACGCUUCUGGAAUGUCUUUUGUCGCUGCAAAUCACCUAAAGUAAGCGUCAUUCUUUCUUAA